AUGAAUUUUUUACUAUUAUUAUUCACCCUGGGUUUAGACAUUAUAUUUAAAAUAAAAAACGGCUCUUCCUUUGUUGGAUUACCACAUUUAUUGCCAGAUACAAUUGCGUGCCCACUUCCCUUUUUUCUUACUUUUUUAUUUACUCCUUCCCCGCAGCUUUUUCUCACAAACGCUUUCGACGACAAAAAAUUUUCCUUUUUCUCGCGCGGCAUUUUUUACAGCAACAGCGAUAUGGCACAUUAUUUUUUCUUUAUUCCUUCAUUUGAUGGCUGGGUACUUGUUCUUUUUAAUUCUGGGCCAAUUCAGACAUUGCUUUAUUUUUCCAUGAGAUUAUGA